GAUUGGGCUUUCUGUAUCAAAUAUGUGCAUCAUGACCUCUGCUGACUAUUUCUGAUACAAUGCAGUAUCAGUACUCUCCCCCUCCUGUCAUCCCUUGUCUCUCUGCCUUCCUUCCUCCUCCUCCUCCUCCUCCUCCUCUUUUAAUCUCCUUUCCUUACCGCGCGUCACCUCUUUUUAAUGUCGGCCGCGCUGACAUUGAGAAUGACAAAUAUUACUAACACGCACAAACACACACGGGUGAUACAAGUGUGAGUGGUUAGGUAAUGAGGCUCGCUCGCUCACUCGGGGGGUCACGGGGCUUACACGAGUGUGUGUGUGUGUGGGUAGCGAAAACAAAAAAAGGGAGGAAGUAGGGGAGGAUGCGAUGCGUUCUCUUUUUCUUCAUCAUUUGGCUGCGCGUUUUUGUCAUCUUCUCUGUGCGGUCGGCGAGGGAAAGAGAGGAAGUGGUGGGUGGGGGUAGAAAUGUUUAAGUGCCGAUGGCAGCCCCCGGUUACUGCAGCGAGCGGGGUGUCGUCUCUUAUUCCGCCACAGCGUGCAUCUGACAGGCAAGUGAUAGAGAGCCGAGGGAGGAGGAGGAGAUGGAAGGCGGCUUCACAAGCCUGUGACGGCGUCUGUUUUGAAGGCGGGGAGAGCCGCUCCCCUUGGAAGGGGGGAAAAAAAUGAUUUCAAGGUUUUAUUGACCUCAUCAUGAGACUCUCUUCUCCCCCUCCUCCUCUUCCUCGGGCUAGAUUGACUUGUACGACUCCAUCGGUGACAGGCCUUCCCUGCUGUUUCCACGGCGAUGAGGUCAGGGGUGGCCGCUCGUUAUUGGCUGUUGUCUGUAAUCAUCGCACGUCGCUCCGCGGCUUUGUCGGCCCUCCUCCUCCUCUCUUGACCUCGCCGCAGCAGAGCGUGACCCCACAGGGGGCUAGAGGGCCCAGACUGUGUCCAACUGGAGUUGAGAGGUCUCCAGAAUCCCACUGGUCUUCUAGGCGGGACACGCUGCGCCGCCGUGUCCCGGCAGAACUCGCCCUACCGCUUCCGGAUGGGAAAAGAAGUAUGUGACUUCUGUGUGGCGGCGUUGAUGUGAAUCCCACUAACCCCAACCCUAGCCCUAAACCUCACCAUAAGAAACUUCUUUGUUCCAUCUGCGUCGCCUACCCUUCCCGCGAUACGGGAGCCAAUCAUGUUGCAGCGGGGCGUGUGCUGCCUCGAACUUCAGUGGGAUUCCUAAUAACACGUCUCUUGGAGAAAAGAAUUAAACGGAUUUUAUAAAGUGUAAUUACUGUGUGUACUGUAGUAUUUGUGUGUUGGGCGUAUGCCUUUAAGGGGCGUGGCCUAGCGAGUGACAUCAAGAGCUGGGGUCUGCGUGUGAGCGUCUGGGUGUGAGUUGUGGCCUACGGCAGCUCAUUUGUUUGAUGGUUUGUGGCUCUCCUUGCCCGCAGGCGAGGGCAUCGCAGCGCCUCAAUGAUUUCCCUUCCACUUCACUCGAGCGGCGGCGGCGUAUCUCAAGCUCGCUCGGAAUUGGAAACACAUUUUGAUGUUUUUUUUUUUAACUUCUUAGUGAGAGCACUACGCAAGUUAAUGAAAGAUGGAAAAUAUUAUGUUUAAAGAAGUUUUUGAUGUUAUAGUAACGUAUCAAAAUGGGUAUUAAAUGCAAUUGAAUUCAUUUCUACUUUAUUUCAGAUGCAAUUAUUUUCACACAGAGUCAAAUCUGCACCUCUAUUUUUACCACACUUUUUUUUUUAUAUCUGUACUUCUAUUUAAGUACAGCGUAUGAGUCCUUCUGCCACCUCUUCACCACUGCUUCAUCCUCUUUACCGUUUCCUCCCUUUGCUUUAUCUCCUGUCCGCACACGGCCGCCAUUGUCAGUUUGUGGUCGGCUAACGUGUCGUAACUGCUCCCACAACUGCUUAUCAGCCCCUGUACUGUCAUAUGCAGAAAAGUGUUGGGACACGUGGCCGUUCGCAACCUACACAGGAAGUGAACAUUGAAAAAAAUAAUAAAUAAUCACCUCAAGUGUCCAAACUCUUAUCAUUAUCAAACGUUUAGCAAUUGUCCGAGGUAAGAAAAGUACCGUACUCACACUCUAUAAAGUCAUGACUGUAUUUAGCCAUGAACGAUUUUUUUCCCGAUUGUCUGACUAAACCUUUCCUGUUUUAAGUCAAUUAGGAUGACUUUGGGGUCGUCCAAUACAGCCGACUGUCCAUUCCGGUGAAGCAAGGGCAAAGGGCACCCAUAUUACUGUACAGUCCAAAAUGAUGUUUUGUAGGUUUUUGUCGCGGCCUCAAACGCCCAGUAUAGUACAAAGUUAUUGCAAAUGUGGGAAAGUUUCACAUUUUUUUCCCCCAACUUACCACCCAGUGUGCUCGGUCAUCAUGACAUUGUUGACGUACAUUACUCAUCAUAGGCGAGUCGCUUUCAUGAGCCGCAAGGAAUUAGUGCGCUUCCUAGUCCCAAAUCUGUUGUCAAAGGUGAACAGCUUUUUUGCUGUACCACAAAUAGCAUGUUCCAUACUCCCGAACUUCUGCUUUGUACUCCUCAGAGUCUACCACGUGGCCUCCACGUCAAUGUCCCACAUUCAAGAUGGCCACCAUGUAGGCACAGGAGGAUCUAGUAUUAUUGUAUAUCUGUAACCCGGAAAUACGUCAGUCCCAUUCUCCGCCUGCGUUGCGCUACAGCGCCAGUAAAUUCUGGAACUAACGGACUUUGCAAACUAUUUUCGGACACGUUGUUCAGUCCAGACGGUCCGUUUUAUCCGAUAUCCGUCAUAUCGGGGUCGGUUGUAUCGAGGUUCCACUGUAUUUGCUAAAUGCCAGAAUAAUAAACAGUUUUUUUUUUCAGACAAAUAGAUACAAUACACAAUACAGUCUUUGUUUUUACACUUUUAUCUGUACUGAGUACAGCGUGUGAGGACUCUUGCCACCUCUGCGCAAACACAGUGACACACACAGGCAUGCCCGCCCGCACUCACACACACACACAGGCAGACACGCACGCACGCAGUCACAUGCUCCGAUUGAUUAGACAGACCUCGUACUGUAUGACACAUUCAGUUAGUCGGGCUUUCCGUCAAUUACAGUCCACUCAGAACUCAGAUCCCAUCUACUGACAACGGGACUCCAUUUUAUCAGCAUCAGACACGCGGCGUCGCCGGCCGGUGGGUCUGUGCGAGGCGGCGGUGGCUCUGAGACGUCCGGUGACACUGCGGAACCGCGGUCCCCUCGUCCUUGGCAGCCUAACAGAACCGGGCUGCUCCAUCACUGUCUCCACCUCCAUCUUCCUCCUGUGGAAUAUUUUCUUAACGCUUCUGUGUAUCCUUUUUCAAAGAGCAAGAUUGAUUGCAAGGAGUCUGCGAGAGCUAUCUAUAACUCUCGUCUGUCACUGGUGGAUCGAUAACUGCGUGACUCACCGGGCCUGCUACGCGUGUGGGCAAAAGACUUUGGACACACAGCUUCAUCAAUCCAGUCAGGGGUCAGCUUCCCCGUGACCUUUCAGAGCAGGGUCGUCACAUUAAAUUUAGUCAUGGGCCACAUUGUAGUUCUCAAGUCAAGUUUGUUUAUAUAGACCGUCAACACAGAAGUGAAUCAAAGGGCUUCACAGGCCCACAGUUCGCACAAAUCCCCUGGUCCCCUUGCCAUCCAGGCAAGGAAAAACUGGGGGGAGAAAAUAGACGAAACCUUGACAAGGGAUCCCUUUCCGCCCUCCAGAAUGACCAAACUGGAAUGGAUGCCAAGUGGGCAACAUUCAUCCCAUGGUACAGUAUGAUGAGAGCCCAGUAAUGAAAUGAAGCGGCGCUAGUAGACGCGUCAGGUUUUAUUCCAGUAGGUCGAUGCGGAAUCUUCCACAGCAACCUCCUCCCCUCGCUCCUCGCCACUGAACCCUACUCCGCGAGCAGGAUGGUGGGCGGGGGUGGGGUCGAUGCGGCAGUAAAACAGGCCAAACUCCAGAUGUGGGGGGGUGAGGCAGGGAAAGAGACGGGUUGCAUAGUUGCAAUUAGUUCCUCCAUAUUACGUAAAACAAAAAACAAUUACUUGUAAGUCCAGCUGCAACUGUACCAAGUACAGAUUCAAUGAAAUAAUGAGGUUUUUGUAUUUUCUUACUUUCCACCACUGUAUGUGUGAGCGUGCGUGCGUGCGUGUGUGCGUGUGUCCCAUCCAGCAGCAGCAGCAGUACACUGCAGGGAGGUCGGCACAGAAGAAGAAGAAGAAGAAGAAGCGAGCUGAACCAACUGAUCACUCGUGGGACCGAGGAGGCAAAAGCAAGGAGGAUAAAGCAGAAUUGAGGCAGAAGAUACGGGGAACGGAGAACAAAAAAAGAAGCCGCUGAAUGAAUAGUAGCGAGGAAGGGAUUGAGAGGAAGGAGAGGAAGGACCCAGCCUGGCAGAAGCCUCUUCACUUCCUUUUUCUCUCUAUCCAUCCAUCCUCCCUUCCUCACAGACAGUCAAAGGGAGGAAUAACCGCACGGCCGCUCGUUCUCCGAUCAAUUGUCCUCCGCCUUCUUUGGCCUCCGCGCAGGUUCGCUCUACCGGGGGGCAAAAGGGGAGUAGACGGCGCUUGACCUCUCACCUCCUCUGACCUCCUCGCCACCCCCGCGGGACCCGCAGUGUCAGAGGAGGAGGAGGAGGAGGGGAGGGAGGCAGGGGCGGAUGACUGACGCCCGACGACGAGCUCUCUAACCUGACGCCCGCUUCCAGCCCGAGCGGAGGCAUGUUCGGGCUAAAGGUGCCGCACUACUACCUCCCAGGCGUGAGCCAUGACUCCAACAAGUCGGCGUCAUUAGGAAUGGUCUCCACGGCGACUCGCACCGCGGCCACCGUCAGUCCCCUCAGCCCUCUGACCAAUGGGAGCGCGCUCGCCCCGUCUGCUAACUCCGGAUUCGCCGCCGCCCUGCGCAAACUGGCCAAACAGGCUGAGGAUCCCCGAGGUUCGGCCGUCAGCGGCGAGUCGUCGCCCGCGUCUUCGCCCGCCGCCGGCCGCGGCUCGCCGGUCGGCGCCCCCAAGCGGGCGUCGCUAGGGCCCCUUCCCGCCCAGUCCCGGGGCCACGCCGGCGUCCCCGGCGCCUCGCCCGCGGUCACCAUUGCGCCCACCAAGACCAGCAACGGCCUGUGGAGGGCCGACGGACGACAGGUCGAGCCGAGCGUUCCGAGGUUCGGCGGCGGCAGGGAGCGGGCGUGCGCCGACGACGCCCGCCCGCCGCGGGACAGGAGGACCCCGCCCGUCGCCCCGCCUCACCCGCUGGCUCACCCCUUCGGACUCACCCCCGGCUCCGUCAUGCAGGACCCCCGAAUGCAGAGCCUCAGUUUACCUGGGCAGAUGCACCCUGCGGUUCCCUCGGGCGCCAUCCCUGAGGAGUACCUGAGAGCGCUGCGUCCCUUCGCCACCCGCGACGACCCGCGCCUGACCUCCGUGCCUCUCGGUCUGGAUACCGCCGCCGCUCACGCGGCCGCCGCCGCCGCCGCCGCCGCUUACUACCACUCGGCCUUCCUGCACCACCCUCUGUCUUUGCCCAGGAUGGAGGAAUCCUUGUGUCUGUCGGCGCUACGAUCGCAGUUCUACUCCGUGCCCGCCGGGGGGGGAGCCUUUCCCCCGCUGCACCCGUCCGGCCUUCACUUGCACCUGCCCGGAGGCCGCUACCCCGCGGAGCUAAACCACGGUUUACUCGCCGAGAGGCUGCAGAUGGAGAACCAGCUUCGCCAGCGAGAGAGGGAGAAAGAGAGGGAGGAGGAGAGGGAGCGAGAGCUGGACAGACUGAAGGAGAGGCAGAGGGACAGACAGCAGCAGAUGGCGCGGGCGGCGGAGGGCCGCGGCGGGUACCGCGCCGAAGGGCCGCCCCGGAGGGCGCCCGCGCCGGAGGACGGGGCCGGGGCCGGGGCCGGGCCGACCCCCGACGCAGCGGAUGCAGCCGAGGAGUCGGAGCACCCGGCCUUCCUGGCGCAUAAACCUCUUCCCUUGAGCCUCCACUCCUCCAGGGGUUCCGUCCCGCACCCCGUGCCCAGUCUGGUGCCUUCUCACCUGGGCCAGCACCACGCCGCGCCGGGGGGUAGUGGCGUCCACGGAGCUCUGGCGCCCGUCGCCAUGACUCGGCGGGCUUGCGAGGAGGCCUGGAUGAAAGACAGCGCGAGGACGGGCCAUCCUCAGCGAGGCGGCAGGGAAGCACCUCCUUCCCUGGGCACGCCGCCUCCUCUCAUCUCCCCUAAAGCUCCGCAAACCACCCUGUGGAACCCCGCCUCUUUCGUGGAGCGCCCGAAGCCCGCCCCGCCGAGUCGCCCCCCUCCCUGCCUGACCAGGGCUGAGCGCCCCCCCCUGAAGAUGGAGGAGGGAGCCGGGAGGAGGCACCGCCCGGCGGGGGAGGAGGCCGAGCGGGACCGCCUCGCCCGCCGGAGGCACCGCGCCGACGACCUCCGCCCGAGGCCGCGGGCGCCUCUGCCGGACCCCGACGCGCGCCGGGACGGCACGCCGGUGUACGACGAGGCGCUCCGGCAACACCGGCGGCUCCUCAGCAAGCUGGACCUGGAGGAGAAGCGGAGGAGGGAGGCCCGUGAAGGAGGCUUCUACUACGACUUGAACGAGUCGUACGACGAGAGCGACGAGGACGAGGUGAAAGCCCAUCUGAGGAGAGUGACGGAGCAACCGCCCCUUAAGCUCAACACGUCCUCGGAGAAAGUGGACUUCCUGCGCACGUGCGGCCUGGUCACCUUGGCCCACCGCGACGAGCUGCUGCAGCGCAAGAGGAGGAAGAGGAGGCGGAUGAUGAGGGAGCGCAGCACCUCGCCGCCGCCGCCGCCGCCGGCCGUGCGUGGGAAGAGGAAGUCCCCCCCUUCGCUGACGACGCCGUACACCGCCGAGCAGAUGGACGGCGCCCCCGAGCUACAGGAGAAGAAAGACUUCCUGCGGGCCUUCGAGCUCUCCCACGUCAGCGCUCAGCAACGAAGAGAUAAGGAGAAGACGCAAGAGCUGCUGAGGGCCGUCGAGGAGAAGGUCGUGACGUCGGACACGCUCCGAUACGACUCGGUGCCUCCGUGCAGCGGCAGCCCCCCCGCUGCCGCGUCCUCAAGCGGGAGGUCCUCAUCCUGUCCAUCAAACGGACAUCUUGAUCCAGACUCGCCGAGCCCCUCGCCCCCGUAUUGGCACAAAGCGAGGCGUGCCCCCCACAACGACGCCCUCGGGCAGCCGCCUCCGCUCUCGGCGCCGCCGCUGGUCGCUAAUGUGAAGAAAGAGCCCGGCGCGGGGGUGAACGGUCGCGUGCGGCCCUGGGAGACCUUCACGCCCGAGGCCUUCGCACAGCGCUUCCACCGCGCUGUGCUGCAGUCCACACAACACAAAGUCUCGAAGGCGGCGAAGGGUGACGGCUCGCUGCCUCGCGACGCCUCUCCGCUGAAAACGCCGCGUCCGAGCCACGCCGCGCAGCACCUCGACGGCCGUCGCCCCCGCUCCCCUCGAGCCGGCCGGCCGGAGCGCCUGACCGACGAGGACGCGGACGAGGGCGACGGCUCGUCCGGGGAGGAAGCGGAGGACGAGGAGGAGGGGGAAGCGCCGAGGAAGUGGAAGGGCAUCGAAGCCAUUUUCGAGGCCUAUCAGGAGUACGCGGACGAGCACAGUGUUGAGAGGCAGGUUCUCCACAGUCAGUGCAAAAGACUGGAAGCGCAAAACUACAAUCUCAGCAGAACGGCGGAGCAGCUCUCGGUCACCAUGGCGGAGCUGGCGAGCCAGAGGCAGCGGGUGCGGGAGGAGCGCGAGAGGCUCCACGCCCAGCUGGAGCACUUCAGGAGGUGUCUGACGCUACCCAGCAUGCGCUGGGGCAGAGGGGGGCACGUCAACGCCCGCGCGCCCAGGUGACCCCGGGACGCCACGUGUCCAAAGACUACCGGCUUUGCGCUUACAGCAGAUAACACGAAGGAAGUCGAUCCCCGGAUCCGGACUCAAAAUUCGACGCGCCUGUUGCCAUGGUUACCGUAACCCCUCACUUCUUUGUUUUGUUUUUUUUGUUUUUUUUACCCGAUCUGAGCUUUGUCAAGUCGAUAACCACAUCUGGAAGGACGUGUCAUCAUUUUGUCUGUCCAGAAACGUAGCUGACGUCGCUAGACGAACAAAGAUACAUUACAGUGAUCCCCUGUUAUUUGUGUGUGUGUGGGGGGGGGGGGGGGGGGGGGCGAUGGCGAGCCUGACCACGAAUAAUUGACACGCCCCCAAAGGUUUUUUACAAUUUAGUUUCAACUGUAAAUGUACCGCAAACUAUGAUCCCAAAACAGUUAAAUAUCAUUUCUGACUCACUUGAUAAAAUCAUCUUUCUAAUGGAAAUGCUUACUGCUUACUGCUUACGUUUGAUUUACAAAGAAAAAAGGCUCCUAACUUCCACUGACAACCCAGGCUAAAUUUAGCUCCUCCUCAAUACACAAAGCUUGUCUCCGGCACAAGAUGUGUCACUUCAACAUACUUCCUCGAGACCAACUCCUAUGGCUCCAUCUUGUGGCAUUUUAUAACACUAUAGAAAGAAUCAUUUUUAUUCUUUUUAAACGCAAAAAGGUGAGGUAACGGAGGAUAGGUUCCAAAAUAAAACACUGUGAGGUGAAUUCACAAAUAGUCAGGGGAUUACUAUAAUGGUAGUCAAUAAAUCCAAUCGGAUCAUUUCCCACAGCACACUCGAUAGUCGCUCAGCACACGGCGCUUGGGAAUCGCUGAUCUCAUUCAUUCAUUCAUUCAUUCAUUCGAGACGCUUGACCAGGCUGAAUGGAAAAGCACAAAACGGGAAUAGGAUGCACUUAGUGGAAACACACCCACAAAAACAACAGAUGAACUUGGGUUUUUGUGGUUUGUUUUUCUUUUGGCGCUUCAUAGAUUUGACACUGCUUCUUUUGCCAGAUGAAUCAUUUUCUGUUUUGGUGGUUUGAUUUCAAAAAGGGGGGGGGGAAGAAGCCAUAUGCUGUGUUUAAAAAUGAAGGAUGUUAUAGCAUAAAUGUAUUGAUUGUUGGGAGGCUGGUUGUCAUGACAACCGUACGGUCACAUACUACAGGUACAACCUUUACAUGUCUGUACAUGUGAUAGAACUUGAACUUACAUUUCAACUUCUUUUUUGUCCACACCUUCAAUAGAGUAUAAUUGCCUUUCAUUUGAGAGAAUAUACUGUCAAAGAUGGAUCAUGUCAAAUUUUGCCGAAUUGUUUGAAUCAGCUGUUAUCGAAUGGAUUUCUUUUCGGGAAGUUGGGGCUGUAAAUUUGCAGUGAAUUAUUUAUUAACAUAUUGCUGUACAUGAAAAUAGACAUUUGCAUUAAAAUGUUGCAUCACGCAAUAUACAUUCA